CCUUUUCGAUUGCUGACGACCAGUUUCCAAAAUAUGAGUUUUAAAAAAUACUUUCUUAAAUACUCGACUUGUAUUUUUAUAUACAUUUUAUUUUGCAUCACGUUAAUUGUUUUGAAAAUAAGUUACACUUCUUCACGGGUUUCUAAAGUGAGGAUCAAUCAUUAUAAAACCAUACCACUGGUCAUCAAUAAUCGAGAGUUGGAGAAAAAAGAAUUUGAAGAGCUAACUUUGAAUACAACUCUUGAUCCUCAAAUAAUUGAUACAGCAGUUCAGCGUGUUUAUAGUGUAUGUGAAAAAUAUAACAAAAGUACAGCACUUGAACGAAUGCAUUAUUUUUAUUCAUCGAGACACAAUUCGUUGUUCUGUUGGAUAAGAAAAGUUGCUUCUACAAGUUUUACUAAGUUAUUUGCUGAUUUGCGUGGUGUUCAAAUACUUGGAAAUUAUUACAAACAAAUAGAAGUAUUAGUUCCAGAAAGUUUGGAAGAAUUUUUAAAUUUAAUUGACGAUACCGAUGUGUUUAAAUUUAUCGCAGUAAGACAUCCUUUUGAUCGACUUGUUUCUGCAUACAGAAGUCGAAUUGAAGAUAAUACCAGACAUACAUCACAAGCAUGGAUGUAUGUACCUAGAAUAUUUUACAUCACACGGCCUAAUUUAUUUCAUUUCAAUAAAACGACUGGUACUCCGCUAGAACAAAUUUUCUACAACGAUCGACGGCUCAAACUGAUCCCAACCUUUCGAGAAUUUGUGACCUGGCUUCUCGAGCAGCCUGAUGAGCAAGAUGAUCCUCACUGGAGUAAAUACCAAUCUCAUUGUUCAAUUUGCCAAAUGUCUUUUGAUUAUAUUUUAAAAUUAGACAAUUAUACGACUAGCGAUCUUGAUUAUAUAUUAACUAAAUUAGGUGAUAAAAGACGAUGGAAGCUACCAAGACUAGGAAAGAGUCACGAUGGAAUAACGACUUACCCUAAAACAUGCAGUUAUUUAUCAUCAUUGUCAAUAGAAAUGUUUAAUAAAUUAUUCGAACGAUACAAAAUCGAUUUUGAGAUGUUUGAUUACGACUACAGUAUUUAUAAAUCUUGUAUUACCAAAUAA